GCCACCUUCACAUCAUGGCCUCUUCAGCUCACAAGCAACAACAACAGCUACCAAACAUAUACGGCGCCGCCACCGCAGCGCCGCCACCAACGCCCUCAACCCUGCCCAAUAAUCACCUGUCCACAUCAGGAGCAGCAGCCGAUGCUCUCUCGAAACUCCUCCACCGUCUCCCUCCUACUCUUUCUCUUCCCACUCGUCGCUCCCCUUCUGCCACGUCUCCACCUCUCGCUUCUCUCUCUGACCCAAACCUUAUCGGUCGUUUACAGUCUUCAUUUUCUCAACUCGGUUACUUCCAACUCACAAACCAUGACAUAUCAUCUCAACUCGCUCGCUCGGCUGAGUCCGAGUCACUCGGUCUCUUUGAGCUAGAAAAAGAUAAAAAAGAUGCAUAUUUUCCCAAGAACUGGCCUCUUGGUUUUGAAGCUGAUGAUGAAGAAGAUGAAGAAGGAAACGGUGAGUCGUUCUGUUUGGACUCAACGUGUUCCACUGAGUCAACAGAGUUAAGCUUAGCCUCACUACGUGAACUCAUUGGGGCUAUGGAGAAAGUUGGCUUGAAGAUCAUUGAAAUGCUAUCGACUGCAGUGGGGUUUGAGAACCCGUUAGGAAAGGAUCCGGCCCAGUUUUGUUCUUUGAUGUGGAUAUCUCAGGGUUUGCAUGGCGAUAAACCAGUUUUAUCAGGUGGGUUUUACCCGUAUGUUGUUGGGUUACAGUACCAAAUCCAGCACCAGAAGUACUCAUUGCUAGCGGAUUCGGGUCGGGUCGUUGUUUUGCCACAAGUAGACUCAAUUCUAGUCACACUUGGUGACAUUGCUCAGGUAUGGAGCAAUGGGAAGUUGAAGAAAGUGAGAGGAAGACCAGUGGCAUGUUUGGGAGAUGGAGAUUAUAAAGAUUCACGUUGCGUAACAAUGACUCUGCUUGUGACUCCUCCAGCAGAGAGUAGAGUUUCUCCUCUCAUUCCCAAGGCAACUUUGACUAGUAGCGGUACUGGUCAACACGAAAUCAUAGAAGAUGAUCACAUCCAUGGGAGCUUGGUGACGGAAGAAGAAGAAGAAGAAGAAGAAGAAGAGACUUUAAUGUUUGAGUCGUUUGAUUUUGAGGAUUAUGCGUGGAGGUUGUAUCAUGAACGUCUCCAUCUCAAAGACCCACUUGACAGAUACCGCAUCUAGAUCUUUAAAUUAAGUUUUCUUUCUUGUGGUUUUGCUUUGUAGAGUAGCAAUGGUAUUAAAAUGGAGUAAUUUGUUUGAGUUUUUUUUUUUUUCAUAAAAUUAUCCUAUUUUAAUCGUGAUUAAAAUAUCUAAUCCAAAAAACUGUACUAUUUGGUGGA